AUGACUCUUGAGCUGCCCAGUGUUGACUCAUUAUAUGGUUACAGGUUACCUUUCCAGAUUGGUUUGAGAGUUCCUGUGGAAGCUUAUAACAAUUUUCUUGAGAAUAACGGUUCAACUGGAUAUAAACUUCACUGGGACAACGGAGACGUAUAUAUUGUUAAUAUGGCAAUCCCUGAGCGUGAAGCCGUUGUUGUGCGACUAAUUAAUUACUUUAAUGUUCUAAAUGGUAGCAUUGAUGAUGAUCUACCAAUAGAUAAUACACUACGAUCAUUUCAUUAUGAUCCUUCUAAUGUCAGAAUAAAAACAGCGGCAGAUAUUGAAAUCUGUUUGCAUAUAACACUUGUUCAAACUCCUUUGAAUCCCGGGCCUCCUCCUGGUUGGUUACUUCAACAAUACGUUCGAAGUGUAUUCGGAAUAAAAAUUUAUGAUAAACGCAAAGGGUCAAAUCAUCGGUCUAUGAAGGCCAAGUUGUGGACUCGUCAACUUCCGGCACCAGCAGAAAGUACCACAUCGGCAAAUCCAAACUUAGCUGGAGUAUCUGUUUUAGAAUGGGACUUCGGAACUUUGCUAUCUAACAGUAAUCAACCUGGCGAUUGUACUGGCCCAGGCUUGCCUAAUUACACAGUAUCAAUCCCAGUAUCCGAUGUUUUCUGGGAUCCGCCAAUCGUAGCAGGAGUUCCGAACGUAGCUGGAUAUACUGUGACAGUCCCUAAUACAGUAAUAGCUCAAAAUUUCGUAAUUGAUUUGUAUAGAUUACAACAUGUCGUUUUAAAAAAACAAUAG